CAAGUUGACAAAUUUAGCACAACACUAGGGCAACAACAUAUCAUCUGUCAAAAUUUUCAAAGGAAAAAAAAAUAAGAAAAUUCUCCAUUGUAACUUGUAACAGGUUCUCCUCCUCAAGCAAGCAGCUGUAGAAUAGGACCGUAGCGUAAGUAACAAUGGAAGAUAACCCUUCGAGCGAUGACGAAGUUAACAAAUCUCCAAUUAGUCCUAAAAUGGGUGGCAAGAAGCUAAAAUUGAACGAUGGGAGCUCGCAGGAGAGCCUUAAGGAUUCAGGUUCAAGUAAACCGGAGAAAGAUGAGAACGUAGACAGUGGGGUAUCUGCUGAUAAGUCUGAAAGCACGAGUAGUGACGACAGAGUUAAUGGGGCUGUGGAAGGGCCUUCGAACGAAGUAGUUAAUGUUGCGCCAUCAAGCAGUAACGUCCGUGCAAUACUUCUUAAUAUUAGACGCCCGAAAAGAGGGAGGAAUUAUAGGAAACGAAAAACUCCAGGGAGAGAUUCAGAUAGUAAUGACUCGUCAAGGGAUUCUGAUGAUCUGUCUGUGGAGGAAACUGUCCUGAAUGUGAGACAGGAUACUAGUAAUUCUGAAGGAGAUAAUGAAGACUUCCACAGAUAUCUUAGUGGUUCAGUAUCUGAAUUGUCCCCAAGUGGUGGGAGCUCCCCAUCCAGCUCAGAAAGCAAUGAUAGUUAUAACACUGACGGCACAGAUGACAUUGUCAGGCAAUCGGAUGACACUGACAGUGACAACCUCGUGUGGUCCCGGUUCGAAGAUGGAAACAAUGAUGAGAAUAAUGAAUCCAAUAUUGUUUUGAAGGAAAGACCCAAACACACAUACCAGAUAUGUAGAGAAAUAAUAAACCGCGAGAUGGGCCUGUCAUUUCCGUGUGGCAAAACGGGAAAAUACGAUGUGAUGUUUGAGAAAAGGUUCUACGGCUCACUGCACUCUAUAUACAGGCUGGACAAACUUCACCAUCUUAAUGAACAUAGAGGAUGUGUUAAUUCAAUAAAUUUUCACCCGGAAGGCCACCUCCUAGCAUCAGGGUCGGACGACACACAAGUAAUAGUAUGGGACUGGGCGCGGAAUAUCGCCUUGCAGUCGAUCAAGACGGGACACAAGUCCAACGUGUUCCAAAGCAAGUUCCUAUAUCUUAACGCGGAGAGCCAGAUCAACAUCGUCACUUGUGCUAGGGAUGGCCAGGUCCGCCUCGUGCAAUGCCCGCCGAGCGGCGGCCCAGCCGCGUCGCGCCGCCGCCUGACGUCGCACGCGCGCGCGGCGCACAAGCUGCACGUGAGCGCGUGCGAGCCGCACGUCGUGCUGUCCGCGGCCGAGGACGGGCUCGUCAUGCAGUGCGACGUCAGGGAAGACCAUCCCACCAGGCUGUUUCAAGUGCGCGACCAGAAGCACACGAUCCCGCUGUACAGCGUGAGCGGGCACCCGCUGCAGCCGCGGGAGCUGGCGGUGGCCGGCCGGGACAAGUUUGUGCGCGUCUACGACCGCCGGAAGUCCACCAAACCGCUGCUCAUGUACUGCCCCGCCACUUUCCUGCACCAGAACGGUCAGAAGAAGGCCGCGCGCUACGCAAUGAUGCAUAUGACGUGUGCUGUUUACAACCACGACGGAUCAGAGAUACUCGGCUCGUACAACGACGAGGAUAUAUACCUAUUCGAUACCAAGAAGGAUGUUUACGACAAAGAAGACACGAGUGGUAUCAAGGACGGUUACACGCAUCGCUACAGCGGCCACAGAAACAGUGCUACCUUCAAAGGAGUUGCCUUCUUCGGACCCAACAGCGAAUAUGUGGUGUCCGGAUCAGAUUGCUCGUAUAUCUACAUAUGGGAUAAGAAGAGUGAAGCUAUAGUCCAAUGGUUGAAAGGAGAUGAAAACGGAGUGGUGAACUGCGUAGAGGGUCACCCGCGCUGCCCCGUGCUGGCCAGCAGCGGGCUGGACCGCGACGUGAAGCUGUGGUGGCCGCGCCGCGCCGCCGACCCGCAACACGACGGGUUGGAGAAGCAAGUCCGCGAGAACAGUUCCAAAGUCCGCAGCACGUUGUUCCACGACUUCCUGCCGACGCUGUACUCGGCCUGGCGCGGCCGCGCCUCGCCCGCCGCUGACGGCGACGGCGACGGCGACUUCCAGGCUGACGGCAACGUCUGCACCGCCUUCUAGGCCCUGACACCUCUAUUGGAAACAUAAUUAACACUAACCCGGAUUUGAAUAGUGUUCGGUUGUUGCGAAACGUCCGCAUCGCCUUCUAUCACAUUCUAUGUCUGUUAGAAACAAUAAUUAGAACAUCCGGAUAUGAAGUGUUCAAUUGUUUCGUCUUCUAGAACCUUCUACGUCUGUUAGAAUGACAAUUAAGACCAUCUGAGAGUGUGAAUAGUGUUCAAUUUUGGGUCGAAUGUCUAUUUAAUAACGGUAAAUGAGCAAAUUCAAUUGUUUGAAUAAUUAAGACCAUCCGGAUAUGAUUAGUGUUAAAGGUCUAGAAAAUAACAGUAACUAUGUAUACAUAACAAUUGAACUUGCACAGUUCAAUUGUUAUGUAUACACUCGUCCGGUGAAGAAAUUAGAAGUGAUCACUCGGAUAGAUUUAUUUGUGCCGCUGUGUAUUUCAAGUCCCUCUAUAAAUCCAAAUAUCACAUAAUUGUGUGUAAUAUAUUAUUUAAAAUAAAUAAAAAUGAUGUCAUAAUUAUCUAUAUGCUGAAUAAAAAAUCAAAUGUUAUAUAAAAAGGUAUUGUUUCAUGUAAAUUUUGAGAUAAAAAAAAUCAAAUCUUUUUUGAGUCAUUGAAAUCAAAGGUAGUGCAGAUUUUAAUGAAAAUAAGUGAACUCUUUUCUAGAACAUAGGUUUGUGGAACUUUAAGAACUUGCCAUUAAUUUUUUUGUCAAACGCCAUUACAUCUUAAAGCGUCCACAACCAAAACUAUUUGUUGUUUGCUCUAAAAGUCAAAAGUCUACUACAAUUGUGACGACUAAAUGAAAACAAAUAAGUUUUUAAAAGCAGAUAGGUUAAACUGGCCAUAAUGGGCGCAUAAAAAUAUAUAUAUAUAUAUUCAAUUCAGAAAACACCACGUUAAUACAAAAGAAUCCAAUUUCGUCGUUAGCAACAUAGGCUAUGAAAUUAACGGGUUUCUUAGAAAUAUUCAGAUUAUCGUUGGUUGGCCGUUCAAAAUGCAUUCAAGGCAUUCAGAAUGAGUGUUUGUGACGAACAAUAUAAGAUAAAACAGGGAUCAAUGUUAUCAGAAUUACUAUUGGUAAAUAAAAACUAUGAAAGCCCAUUCAUUUGUACACUUCUUGGGAGUCAUAUAAAAAGGUUUUCUUUUGUUUGAAGGAAAACAAUUGAGAUUUCGACAUAAAAGCUUAUAUUGAGGUAACUAAAUAAGUCAAUGUAGAAAAAUUGAGAAACUAUAGGCUGGAUAUACAAAAAAAUUUGCCUGAACCAUACAAUACUUUGCGAAAAGGAUAAUACAGAAAGGUGCUACAUAAUUUUGAGAACGUUCAUAAAAUGUCAUUAUAAUUUAUUAUUUUAGAUCUUGGAUUCAUGCAAAAAUUUAACCUGCGAUAUACCUAGUGUGUGGAGAAUUUAGCUUUUAAUGCCACGGGCCAUUAAUACUGUCUAUGGCGUUUGAACAGAACAUGAUAGUCUAGUGAAAUCAUUGUUAUUACAGAAUAAGUACUAAGUUGAGUCAAUUUUAUUGAAAAUCCGCCAAAUAAACUUAUGUUGAAAUACAAAAAUAAAAAUUAACUUCACAAAAAAACAUAUUUCAGUUUAAAUUUUUACUACCAUCGACUUUUACAGAACGAUUCCAAAGCAACUCAGUUCAAUUUAGGCACCUGCAAUAAAUCGCAUUCAUAAUAAAAAUUAGGUCAAUGGCACGAAUUUGCGAUGCAGUUCAGUUUAGGUCGUAAAGUGGAUCGCGGUAAGAGAUGGUGGUAAGCCCCCAGAAGUAAAAUAUUUUCUUGUAUUUCGAUAUCAUUUGGUGUAUUUUUAAAAAAUAUUAUUGACUGAAUGUUACAUGUUGGCAGUAUCAGAAAAUUCUUUUGGCCAAACAAUAUUUACAGUUUUGAAAAUUUCUUAUGACAUAUUAAUCUGUCGAAUUCGGAAUUUCAAAAUGCUUUUUCCUAGAUAAAAUCGUUAUAAUGUUAAUCUAUGUUCUUCGUAUUCCUAACUUUAAGCUUAGUUGAGAAAAAUCAAACUCACUUUCGCGUUUAUAUUCAACCGUUACUUUCAUAAAAAUACGUACGUAAUAGUAUCAAUUGAUUAUAGAAAUAAAAUUGGUCAUUUAGCAUAACCUUUUCGCCGCGAUACCUUAUCUAUACUACUAUUAUGAAAAGGUAAACGUUUGUGAGUUUGUAUGUUUGAGGCGGGUAAUCUCCGAAACUGCCGAACCUAUUUCAAAAAAUUUUUCACCAUUAGAAAGGUACAUUAUCCAAGAUUGCUUUAUUUGUUUAUUUAGAUAGGCUUUAUUUUAUCUCAAAAUUCCCACGGGAACAAAUAGUUUUGGAGAUUAUCUGCCUUAAACAUACAAACUCACAAACGCUUACCUCUUUAUAAUAAUAAUAGAGAUUAGUUUAGCUAUAUUAUGUGCAUUGCUUUCUGUAAAAAAAUCAAUGUAUCCAAAUACAUUGCUGCUUAGGUCCGUGCAGGGUAACUUAAUGCGAUUGGCUCCCUUAUUUUAUUAUGCUUUUAUAUUCGAAACCAGCGACUGUAAAGUGAUGUAAGUUAUUGUUUGAAGAAUUAAAUAGUAUAUUAGAAAAGUUUAUGUAACGUCUACUUAUAUAUUUUAAUAUUAUAAUUGGUAAUUGUGUUAUACCUACUGAAGAUAAAACUUUUUAAAACACGAGGUUUUUGUAAUAUUACAAAUAAUAACCAGAACACUAUUGGAAUUUAUACUGUUCUACGAUGAUGUCAAAUAAAAAAAUAUUAAAAAUGUUUCGUUUGUUAAAUAGUUAGUUAUUAAUUAAGCGAAUUCAAUGUGAUAGCUGAAUAACGCGUUUUGUUACAUUUUUUUUGUGUUCUUCAAGAACAGGAGUACUAUUUUGAAAUGCAUGAUUUGUCAAAGUUUCGAACUCGAGCAUUUCAAAAAUAGCACCCCAGGACAUAUGCGUUUUCAAUUUAACAUUAUAUGUGUAUUUUUGUUAAUAAUUAAAAGGAGGCUUGAUUAUUCUUGACAUUUAAUUUCCUUUCAUCACAUGAAAUUGAUAUCGCUUGCUCUCGUAUCAAACUUUCCAUGAGGUUUGAAUUAAAAUUAUUAUUUGAUAAAUAUACCAACAUGUAGUUAGUAAAGAUUUUAAAAAUGUAGAAUAGUACUGUAAAUGUUACUUUAGCGCGUAUAUAUUUUGCUCAUUUAUUUAUUGAAAAUUUGUUUUAGCUGUAAUAUUUGCUUAUACUAUUAUUAAUUAUUGCUGGAGCAUAUACAUCAGCAGGAUGGCAGAACAUUAAACUGGUAAUCUUAACAUUUUUACCUUUUUUUUUAUCACUCAUGUUAAAACUACGUGAAACGUGAACUAUUAUUUGCAAAAUACGGUAUUAGCUCUAGCUAGCAAAAUAACAUAUCAGUGAGAGUUGGUUUAUAUCGGAAUAAAAUACAGGAAUACGCUAGAAAGAACUGCACAUACUUCCUGACCACGAACAAUAUUUCUCACUAGUGACACACUUGAUUAAUUUAAAAUUUUCCUGCCAGAACAAUGUUACUCCAGCAGAAAUAGUAAAAACUACAACAGGCACCAAUUUCUUAUGCCGGGCACAUACAUAGCUGAUGAGGCACUAAUUAUACGUUCCACUCAUACUGUAGGAGAUACUUUCUAGCUGGAGUAACGUACACUAGAAAUUUAGCUUCCAAAACAACCUAAUCCGAAAGGCCAUGGUGGGAAUGUGUUAUUCGCACGAAUUUUAAUCCCGCCUUGUGUAAAACAUACAGGAUCUUUUAAAAAUAGUAUAUGCUUUCAAAUUGGUAAUAAAAACUUUAAAUAUGAUGGUGGUAUUUAAUUAGUGUAAGUUCACAGAUUCGAGCUGACGGAACAGUUUGUUUAAUAAUUAUGUAUAUAACGACACUUCUCACUGCAACUGCUAUAUAGGGUAAUUUUUGAAAUAACAUUAAAAAUUUCCACAGCAGUUUUGGAUGACGGAACUAUUUUUCCAGCACGCAGCAAUUUUUAAACUCAUCCUUACAUAGGUCUGAUCAGCUGAUGGGACUUGUACGGAAAGUCGAUUAGAUUUUUGAUUCACAAUAUAUUUUUUUGUGCUAGCGGUAACGUAUGUACUGAGCAUAUUGUAAAACGCCUGCGUACUCAACUUUCUUAAAAUGCUCAAAGCCUCAUUGCAUUGUAUAAUGAACUGAUAUUUUGUUAGUUAAUGUUGUUCCAUAUCAAUCAAGUUGUGAUUUGAAUUGUCACAAGGCACUAUUUCGAUAGCCAUCUAUGACCCUGUCACGACCACGAAAGGUAUGCUUCAGAAGCGGCGUUACAACAGCAACGUGGCCGAUCUGUUAUUGAUAGUUCCACAAGUGCCGCGGGACUUCUUUCGUGGCGUGGUCUCUUUACAUUUAUUGUCCUUUACACCACGAAAUUGGGCAUAAACAUUGCUUCUGAGGUUAAAAAUUAUUAAAAAAAUACAUAUUUUUUAAUUGACGAAGUUGAGGGAAAAUGUUACGCGUUAUUAUGUAUAAUGUCACAACCAGGUUGAAUCAUUUGUGUCUCCAAUAACUGCAAAUCACCAUACAUCAAAAUAAAUGUGGACGUGUAAACACGUGUAAAAUCAGUUCCAACAAUGUAAAUAAAUGAUUUUGAAAAAUAAA